AGCGGGUUUGUGGUGUACCCUGUACCCGAAGCGUCGGUCGAGGCCGGUUUCGUGGCGGGGGAAGGGGUUGGGAAAUGAUAACGAGACCCAUCCUGACAAGGUGAGCAGGGCCCUGACAGGGUGUGGGGCUGCCCCGUGUCCCCUAUGGCGGCUGCGGGCGGGACGGGACAGGGUGCCCUGCGCUGCCCGGCCGUGCCCUGCGCACAGCAGCACCUGCGGGAAACUGCAAGGCGCUGCAGGCAAUGUCAGCCCGUGCCCUUCCCUCGCGCCGGGCCCCAGCUGGUGCUGCGGCAUCCAAAUCCUGCCAUGAGCAGGUCGCUAACGCAGGGGGUAACAAGAGCUCACCUGUGCCGCUCUUUCUGCCUCUGCAGUUGUUAUUGUGAUAGCCUCUGAAAGUCUGGACUGUUUCGAAAUGCAGUUCUAAACUCCCUCACAGACACGCAGAAAGAAAAAAAAAUCACUAGCUGAAAAUAUAGCCAGGUACCAUUUUGUGUUUACUCAUGUUACUGGGGGGAAAAGCUAAUUCAAGGCAAAACUCAUAUGCUUUUCAUGCAUCUUUGACGUGAGCACACAAAUCUGUAGAGCAUUUCCAAAAUUUCAUAGAAAUAAUUAAAAUCUCUGUGUAAAUAUUGGAGAAACAUUGAAAUGUUACUGCUUUAUGCGACUGACAUGAAGUUGCAGAAAAGCAUACAUGUAAAUUUAGGUUAAACUAAAAAAUAAGCAAGCUCAAAAGGCAGAGAGGGAAAUGUGUCUGUGGUAGUUUAAAUAAGAACUGGAAAAAUAAUCUCUAGAUUAGUAAAAUUAAUGUAUCAGUGUGCUAAUAACAUUGUAACACUUUACUGUACCCUUAAGGUUAAUAACAUUGUAAUGCUUUAUUGUACCCUUAAGGUGAAGGAAAUCUGUUAUCAUCCAAAGAUAGCGGGGGUGUAAGUAAAAAAAGAAAAAAAAUUGGGUUUUAGGUCUAUAAUAAUUUAUUCCAGGUAUUUCAUAUCAUUUCAUUCUAUACACCAAGACUGAGCCAGAAUAAUCUGUCCUAUUACUUUGUAAAAUGGAAAGUUGCUACAUUGCAGCCAUGGAUUCAAAGCUUUCCCUGACUGCCUGGAAGAUGCCAAAUGCUGUAAGGUUGUGUUGCAUCACGUGGUGCAAUAUUGAAAUCUUUCCUAAUACCGCAGUACACUGCAGUAGAAUGGUUUUAAUGCAGAUUACCUGGAGAUUAUUCAAACAGUCCACGUUACCUCACCGAAACACGAAGGAAAUUGGUGUGAUCCUCCUGGCAUCAUGCUGCAGUGCCAUGCUGCAGGAUAUUGCAGGAGCAGGAAACUUUUUGACACCUUUAGCUCUGCACUGAUUUAUUGUUUCAGAGUGGGAUGAUAGAGCAAAAGUAGCACGGCAGUGACUGCACAGUAAAUCACAGAAAACUGAGGGGGAGCAGUUCUUUUCACAUUGUUCUCAGGUAGCAGCGUGUAGAAAUCAUCUGACAGACAAAUCUCUAGUGAAAGCUUUUUAGUUUAAGGUUUAUAGCUUUUCCCUUCUAAGAGUUAGAGCUCACUGGUGUCUUGAGGAUAAUAUUUUUCCAAAAGUAUAUAAUAAAUUUCAUGACAGCUGCUUAAUUUUUUUUUAUUCAAAUGUGAAAGAGAGUACAGUUUAGUCCAAGAAAUGCUGACAUGCAUGAUUUUUCAGAGAGCUGCUGCUCCAGGCUUUUGAGUCAACUGUCUCACACAUACACCAAAUUGCUGCUCUGGCUUUCAUUAUAUUCAUAUUCUGUAUUUGUUAAAUACUGCAGGGUAUGGUACAAUGGUUAAAAUAUUACUUCCACGGUGAAUAAUUUAAAGCGCUGAAGUUACUACACAUUAAAAAAAGGCAAAUUAUAUGUGGGUAGGUUUUUUCCCCGAAUAGUGAUAAAGAGAAUUUAAGAUAAGCUUUAUAUGUAUCACACUUUUAAUCUAAGAUUCUUUACAGAAUGUUUUUUAGGGGACUUUUCCUAAAUCUUAAGGAUGAUAAACAGAGAAGACAAAAGAAAUGAAGAGAGGAGGUUAAAACAAAACCUCUCAUCUGAGAUUUGACCUCAGAAGGGAAAUCCUGGAGGUGAAGCCAUUGCAGAGAAGAAGUAAAAGAAGGAAGUGUCUGUGUGACAAGAAAGCCAUUUAACAAUGAAAAAAUUCACACUGUUUGAUUUUGUAAAUGAUAAUUCACUGCAAAUUGGAGAGACUUCAUGGAUCCAGGACCUUCCCUGUGAUGACAUUGAACUAGAAAGGCUUCUGAAACCUAAUGAGCAUGUACUUGUAAACUGGCCUGUGGGAGAAAGAAAGACAGAAAAGCACCUGGUGAAAGUUGUGUACAUGAGUGAUGACCCCCAAGAGCUGGUAGAAAUGAUGCAAAAGAUAUUACGAGCAGAUGAAAUUACAAAAAUACAAGUCCUUGGAAAAGGCAAGAGGAAGAGGAUAGAAAUGAUAUUCUCAGAAAGUGAGGACAGUGACCUGGAUAAAGAAAAGGGGAAGAUGAUGAAACAUAUAAAAAGAAAGAAAUCAUUGCAGGCAUCUGCUCCUGCCAACAUCCUGAGUCAACUUGAAACAUCUUUAAUUAACAAACAGAGAGAACCAUAUUCAGGAAGCAACUUUCUAUAUAGUGAAAGUAGCAGUGAUGAUGAAGAACCUUUAUUUCAACUCUCCAAGGUAGAACUGUGUGCCAAAAUUAAAAGUCUCAAGAGGAAGCUGACAGAUACCAUGAGAGAAAACUGCCGCCUAAGGCAGUCCCUGGUGAUGCUUCAAGUGCUGCCACAGGCAGUCACUCACUUUGAGGAACUGGUAGGGAUGGCUGAAGCGCUGCUCAAAGGGGGAGUGACAUCAUCCACGUCCAGUCUGCAUCCCCAUGCUGUUUGGAAGGCAUCUCACAAUCCAUUAGCAGACUCCUAUGCAGCUAUGCAUAGUAACUCCAGCUCACCAAUCACUCUGAAUGUGGAAGAUGAGGAGCAACAGACUGAAAAACAGUUCAAGAUCGAAAAGUGGCAGAUUGCACUUUGUAACAAGAGCAAACCUCAAAAAUUUAUAAAUGACUUGAUGCAAGCACUUUAUACACAUGAAUACAUGGCUACACACAGCCUGACAGGUGCAAAGUCCUCCUCUUCAAAGGACAAAGCAGCAAAACCAGCUAUGAAUCAGAAUGAAGUUCAGGAAAUCAUAGGAAUCACAAAACAGUUGUUUCCAAACACAGAUGAUGCUUUAAUUAGGCGAAUGAUGGGACAAAAACUGAACAAUUGCACCAAGAAGCCAAUUUUAAGCAAAGACCUUAACUCAGGUGCUUUUCAAAAACAUAGUUUUUGUGGUUCAACAGCUGCUCCUCAGGGCAUCAUCUCUUCGGCUGUUCCUCCUUGCACACAAGACCAGCAGGAUGAUGAUUCACCAGCUGCUAAUGCACAACUUCAGCAAAGUGACAGCUGCCUGACUCCUCCACCUCCCGCCCCAGAAGGUCAGCAGGAGUGUCCCAAACCCACUUCUUCUAAGGUGGAGUCUCAACUCGCCAGCAGCUCACCAGCGCCCUCUCCCAGCCAGGGUUGUGGACAGAAUCUCAGGAAUUCAGACAAGGAAUAACAGGUGUUUCAUUCCAGCUCAUGUGCUCAACAGAGAUUAAGAAGCAGUAUAAAAUAAAAAAA